AUGACUGUCAUUAUUGGAACACUAUUUCUUCCAUACACUGUCCAUUUUGAAAUCGACAAGAAUCAUUAUGAAUUCUUACAAAAGGAAGACAGCGCAAAGCUUGAAACGAUUACAAUCUCCGGUGGCCAAAACGAAACCCCAGCUCCACCUUCGAUUGCUGCAUCACAACCACGCUUGUUGAAUAAUCUGUCUUCGGUUUCCAUCUUGAAUCCCAACAUCACGAGCAACCAAUCAACGCGAUCUGAAACUCCAGAUGAGUUCUUUUACAAUAAGCGUAACCCACGAGUGAAUCGCGACGGUGGUGCUUCAGACUCUUAUCCUUCAUCACCAGCACUUCACUACAUCCAACCAAAGCCUCGUGUGGGCAACAAAAUUGAAAGCUCCAUUCUUGACCCAAAAAAGCAAACUGAUCCUUACAACUCGACUGGAUUGAAGAUCAAUAGAUCCCUGUCAAGCUUGUCCAUCUCAACAACAAACUUGGCACGUCCCCAGAAUAUUAGAGCUGGAUCGCAUUCAAGGUUGCACAAUGAAGUGACCCAGGGACAACAGAAACCACACCAUCAAUACUACGGCUUCACUAUUCAAGGAAACAACAGUUUAAACUCUUUGGUUUCCGAAGAGACACCGGGUGGGGUCAAUAAUUCAGAAAUGAUUCCGUCAUCGUUUGAAGACGAGGAUGAGGACGGAUUGGUUGGGUUUGAAAAAAAUUACAACAACUCAGUAUCGCAUAAUAGAGCCUUGGCUCCGUACGGUGGGUUCUCCAAGCCUCACAUUGAAAAGUAUUUCUGGGACGAUGAUAUCUUCAACAACGCUCCUUGGUCAGUUGUUGCCUCUGAUAGUGGUAAUGGGUCAUUAAACAAGGCUGUGGAUUUGUCGGUCAAAGAGGGCAUUUUGCAGCAAAACAAAUGGGUUGGGAUCAUUGCCAUGCCCAGUGAUACAAUCUCCUCCAGAAUCAGACAAGAGAUUUCAUCGAAAUUGGAUUCAGAGUACAACUGUGAGCCUGUUUUCCCAGAUGAUAUAACUUUUGAAGGUCACUACAAGUCUUUUUGUAAGCAAAUUUUGUGGCCAACCCUACACUAUCAAAUUCCAGAUGAUCCAAAGUCAAAGGCUUUUGAAGACCACUCUUGGGGCCACUAUGUUUUGUUGAAUCAGUUGGUUGCAGACAAAUUAGUUGAGACUUUUGUGGCUACGAAUGGUGAUUGCAAUUUCGAUGAUUCAGAAAAUGUCAUUUGGGUCCAUGAUUACCACUUGUUGUUAGUUCCCAAAAUGGUUAGGGAAAAGUUGCCAAAGGUUAAAAUUGGAUUGUUUUUGCACGUUUCGUUUCCUUCUUCUGAGGUUUUCCGUUGUUUGGCACAGAGAACUGAGUUAUUGGAAGGUAUGUUGGGUGCUGACUGCAUCUCCUUCCAAACCAAUGAGUAUGUGCGUCACUUUAAGCAAACUUGCAACAAGAUUCUUGACGCCGAGACAACUGAUGACAAGGUUGUUUAUCAAAACAAGACUAUUGUGGUCAAUACUAUACCAGUUGGUAUUGACGCGCCAUCACUUGAAAAGAAGCUUCACAGUGAUCUGGUUUCUGAGUGGAGACGCUUAAUUAGAGAGAGAUGGGGAGAGCAAAAGCUCAUCAUUAGUAGGGACAAGUUGGAUAAGUUGAGGGGUAUCAAGCAGAAACUUCUUGCUUAUGAAAAGUUUUUGAAUCAGCACCCAGAAUACAUUGACAAGACGGUUUUGAUCCAGAUUUGCAUUGGCUCGGGGGCUGAUUCUUUGUAUGAACUGGAGGUGAUGAAGAUUAUUUCAAGAAUCAACUCCUUGCCGGAGAAUAUAUCUGUAAUCCAGCCAGUGGUUUUGUUACAAAAGGAUAUUGAAUUUGACCAGUAUUUGGCGUUGCAAUGCGAAGCUGAACUGUUUGUCGUGAGUUCCAUGCGUGAAGGGUUGAAUUUGACAUGUCACGAGUUUAUCACCGCUACUGAAGAGAAGAAGUCACCGCUAGUGUUGUCAGAGUUUACAGGCUCGGCAUCGUUGCUUUACUGCGAUGGCGAAGGAGCACUUUUAAUCAAUCCAUGGGAUUUGAAAAAGUUUUCUGAAACCUUUUAUCAACUGUUGACUAUGGGUGCCGAAGAAAAGAAAAAGAGAUGGGAAAAUUGUCAUCACUUUGUAUUGACUCAAAACUCCAAACACUGGGUUACAAAUUGUUUGGAGAGUAUCAAUAAUGCUUGGGUGUUGAAUAAAGAAGGAAAGUAG